UUUUUCUCCUUCGUAUUACUUAUUGCGCUCCUGUUAUUCCCAAUUCCCGCUUAUUCCGAGACGACGAUGAGGGGCGAGCGAACCCCCGGCGCGUCCCCGACUCGCCGACGCGCGCCGCGGAGCGGCGGAUCGGUCUCUGUUGGAAACUCUUCAACGGACGGAAAAAUUGCCAGUCUAGCGACCUCGAGUGAAAGCUGCAGUGGCACACAAGACGCUCCUCCUCGAGCUGUUGAACAAGAAGAAGCAGAAGCUUCUGUAGAUAGCGAAAGUUCUUCCUGUAGCUUGAAACUUGCUGAAUGUGAUUCUGAGAGAAGACCUUUCGAUACAUGUGUGGAUGAGAGCAAAACGCUCGAACUCAAUAGAGAAAAAAGAAGUAAUGGCACACGACCUUCUGUUGGAACCUCUUCUUUGGACGGAAAAAUAGCCGGUUUGGCGACCUCAUGUGUAAGCAGCAGUGGCACACGAGGCAUUCCUCUUCGAACUGUUAAACAAGAAGAAGCAAAAGCUUCUGUAGAUAGGAAAAGUUCUUCCUGUAGCUCGAAACUUGCUGAAUGUGAUUCUGAGAGAAGACCUUUCGAUACAUGUGUGGAUGAGAGCAAAACGUUCGAAAGUUAUAGUGACACACGAGGCGGUCCUUUCCGAGAUGUUAAACAAGGAGAAGCAAAAGCUUCUGUAGAUAGGAAAAGUUCUUCCUGUAGCUGGAAACUUGCUGGAUGUGAUUCUGAGAGAAGACCUUUCGAUAUAUGUCUGGAUGAGAGCAAACGUACCGUCUUCACGUUGCGACCUUCUCUACUUGAACUCAAUAGAGAAAAAAGAAGGAACCGCCAGAAGAAAUAUUUGAGACCUGGAAUGGUGCUCUUAAAAGGUUUCAUUGGACAUCAUGAUCAGGUUAGUAUCAUAAAAAAAUGCCGAGAACUUGGCAUUGGUGCGGGAGGAUUCUACACACCAGGCUACUCAGACGGUGCGAAGUUACAUCUCCUAAUGAUGUGUUUAGGCAAGAAUUGGGAUCCAGAAACUAGCUCAUACGAAGAGAAACGGUUCUUUGAUGGUGCCGUACCGCCCAAAAUUCCUCAGCUCUUUAAGAAGUUGGUAGAAAAUGCCAUUCAAGCUUCGCAUGAUUUCCUAGUCCAAGAGGAGGGAGUUAAAAAUGUUGAGGGGGAACUUCCUUGGAUGUCGCCUGAUAUUUGCAUUGCGAACUUCUAUAGCAACAGUGGAAAACUAGGCCUUCAUCAGGACAAAGAUGAGAGCAAAAGCAGCCUUGUCAAGGGGUUACCUGUUGUUUCCUUCUCUCUGGGUGACUCAGCAGAGUUCUUGUACGGAGUCGAGAGAGAUGCUGCGAAGGCUGAAAGGAUCGAACUCGAGUCCGGUGAUGUUCUGUUGUUCGGCGGCAAGUCGAGGAAUAUAUUCCAUGGAGUUCCAUGCAUCAAACCAAAGACGGCACCGAAGCGGCUAAUUGAGGACAGUAAUCUUCGGCCCGGACGCCUGAAUCUUACAUUCAGGCAAUAUUAGUAGGCGUGUUUUUUGUAUUUUCUUCUUCUCCUAGUAGUAGCUGUAGAUAACAAUGUUAUCUUUUUCGCCGAAAUUUCUAUGUUCUGCAUGAAAAGGAAGCGUUUUGUAAUGCAGAGUGUGCAUAUUCUCAUAUCAGGAGCUUGUUGAAUGUGUAAGAAUUCUAUGAGAAAGUUUAGUUACUAGCAAUGCUAAACUGCAACAUUUUGUUUGUAAAAUCUUACCCUGUACAACACUGAGAGAUGAUGAUGUUCUUCGGAGUUCUGAUGAUGCAGCAGGUUAUUUAUUU